UGGCUUUAAACCCCCUCCCCCCAGCUCAGGGCCCACCAGCUGGCAGGAAGCAGGACGGAGGUCACUUGAACUCAGACCACAGGUCCCUGUUAAAUACAUCAGCUUUUAAAUCAAUCUUUGUUCAAAGUCCAGUGAGUUCCAAGACUAGAGCUCACCAGCAGAGAGAGAAUUCCCUGGUGAACAGACCAGCUUUUCUUCUUCCCAAUCCAGAAAUGGCCUCCACCUUCCACCCUCGAGAAUGUGAGCUGUCUAAACAAGAAGGACAAAGCUAUGGCUUCUUCCUGCGAAUUGAGAAGGACACUGAUGGCCACCUGGUGCGGGUGGUCGAGAAGGGUAGCCCAGCAGAGAAGGCGGGCCUCAAGGAUGGAGAUCGAGUUCUUAGGAUCAAUGGUGUCUUUGUGGAUAAGGAAGAGCAUAUGCAGGUGGUGGAUCUGGUCAGAAAGAGUGGGAAUUCAGUGACUUUACUAGUCCUGGAUGGGGAUUCCUAUGAGAAGGCCAUGAAAAAACGGGUGGACCUGAAAGAGUUGGGUCAAAGUCAGAAGGAGUCGGGUUUGAAUGAUAAGAAACUGGCCCCUGUGGUGAACGAAGGAGCAGAGACUUGGACCCAGCCACGACUCUGCUACCUGGUGAAGGAGGGGAGCAGCUAUGGCUUCUCUCUGAAAACUGUCCAAGGUAAAAAGGGAGUGUACAUGACUGAUAUAACCCCUCAAGGUGUGGCUAUGAAAGCUGGUGUCCUGGCUGGCGAUCACUUGAUUGAAGUAAAUGGAGAGAAUGUGGAAGACGCCAGCCAUGACGAAGUGGUUGCAAAGGUGAAGAGCUCUGGAGACCGCGUCAUGUUCCUGCUGGUGGACAAGGAGACUGACAAGCUCCACACUGAGCAGAAGAUCAAAUUCAGGAGAGAGACCGCCAGUUUGAAACUGCUACCCCACCAGCCCCGGCUUGUGAAGAUGAAGAAGGGAAGCAACGGCUAUGGUUUCUACCUAAGGGCAGGCCCAGAACAGAAAGGUCAAGUCAUCAAGGACAUAGAUCCCGGAAGUCCAGCAGAGGAAGCUGGCUUGAAGAACAAUGACCUGGUAGUCGCGGUCAACGGCGAGUCUGUGGAAACCCUGGAUCAUGACAGUGUGGUGGAAAUGAUUAGAAAGGGCGGAGAUCAGACGUCGCUGCUGGUGGUAGACAAAGAGACGGACGACAUGUAUAGACUGGCUCAUUUUUCUCCAUUUCUCUACUAUCAAAGUCAAGAACUUCCUAAUGGUUCUGUCAAGGAGGCUCCAGCCCCAGCUCCAGCUCUGGCUCCGGCUCUGGCUUCUCUGGAGGUUUCAAGUCCAGAUACUACAGAGGAAGUAGGAGAUCAUAAGCCUAAACUCUGCCGGCUGGUUAAAGGUGAAAAUGGCUAUGGCUUUCACUUAAACGCAAUUCAGGGUCGGCCAGGCUCGUUCAUCAAAGAGGUACAGAAGGGCAGCCCUGCCGAACUGGCAGGGCUGGAGGAUGAGGAUGUCAUCAUUGAAGUGAAUGGAAAGAAGGUGCUGGAAGAACCUUAUGAGGAGGUGGUAGACAGGAUCCAGAACAGUGGGAAGAAUGUCACACUCUUAGUCUGUGGAAAGAAGGCCUACGAUUAUUUCCAGGAUAAGAAAAUCCCUAUUGUUUCCUCUAUGGCUGAUCCACUGGAUGGACCCAGAGGAGGAGCACUGGCAGAACCAGAGCACGACCCACAGGUGGCAAAGGAACGAGCGCACAGUACAGCCUCACAUUCUUCUUCCAACUCUGAAGAUACAGAGAUGUGAUGAGAGCAAGUAAUGGCUUCGGCUGUUUCUGGGUGUUCACGAAGAAUCCGUUCCCAAGAAAUGAGCUGCCACCAUUAACCGUCUUGGUUAGAGGAGAACUCCUCUGGGAACCAGGUCAUCAUAGGUUGUCAUUUGUCUUGGGGCGGAUAUUGCACUAGAUGGCUUAUUUAUAGUUAACUUUAGGCAGGAAGCAGAAUCAAGUAAUUUUCUUCGAGCUUCUACUUAACUACAUUUCUUUGUAUGAUGAUAUCUCUUAAUUCUAGGCUCCUGGAGCACCAAAAAUGAUUCAGAAAUCUGUACGUGUGAGAGUUCACUAUAGUAUCUGAGCAGAUAAGCCUAUUAAAAUUAUGGUUUUGUAAGAACGCCUUUAGAGUAUUCUCGAGUCUUCCCUGUUAGAUGCUAAAGCCUUAACAGUGCUUUUGCUUUUGGUAAACUUGCUUUUAUGCUUUCGUCUUCAUUUUGCCUCUGGAAGUCCAAAACACAAUAAAAUUCAGAAUGAGAUCUUAAA